AAUGUUUAAGCCCUGCGCAAACAGCGGAACGAAGGGACAGCACAAACGUAUCCUGUUCAUAGGUCAUGUUUAGUUGAAACACAAACGUAGAACUGAUAGAACAAUAGUACAGGGUGGAUGGGUGAUAAGGUUACGGUUAAGAAGCUGAACCAGAGCUCCUUAGUAAGACAUUGUUACCUACAAAUGGACCUCGGCACGGUCUUGUGUUGCUCUCUCGGUGCUGCUUUUGGAGGGGUUCUGUAUGCUUCUUAUAAACUUGGCUUACUGUACCGGUUGUUCCACAAGGCAGAGACAAAGAGCUCUCGGCAUGGAGGCGAGAGCGUGGCAGAGGUUCUGCGUGAUCAUGGCAUCAAGUUUGUUUUCACGCUAGUUGGUGGACACAUCUCGCCCAUUUUGGUGGCAUGUGAGAAACUGGGUAUUCGUAUUGUGGACACUCGCCAUGAGGCAACAGCUGUGUUUGCUGCUGAUGCUGUUGCAAGACUCUCUGGAACAGUAGGUGUGGCUGCAGUAACAGCAGGACCGGGCCUCACUAAUACAGUUACUGCAGUGAAGAAUGCCCAGAUGGCUGAGUCACCUUUGCUUUUGAUUGGUGGAGCAGCUGCCACUUUACUCCAGGGUCGGGGUGCUCUGCAGGAUAUUGACCAGUUGUCUCUUUUCAAGCCGCUCUGUAAAUUCUGUGCAUCUGUGAGGAGUGUGAGGAAGAUCGUUCCUACUUUAAGAAAAGCUUUGGCCAUUGCCCAGUCUGGCACUCCAGGCCCUGUAUUUAUUGAAUUUCCCAUAGACACUCUCUAUCCUUAUCAUGUGGUGGAGAAAGAGUUUUCUCCUAAAGGCACUCCAAAAGGAAUAAUGGGAAAAAUUACUGCAUGGUAUCUUCACAACCAUCUAACAAACCUGUUUGCUGGAGCAUGGGAAGUGAGGGACAUUUCCCCUUUGCCUGUUCAUGUACCUCAAGCCACAGACCAGCAGGUUCAAAGGUGUGUGGAGCUUGUGAGCAGGGCUAAGAAGCCACUGAUUCUGUUAGGCAGCCAGGCGACAUUACCUCCAACAUCUGCUGAUGACAUCAGGAAAGCCCUGGAGUCUCUGGGCAUUCCUUGUUUUCUGGGCGGGAUGUCUCGAGGGAUGCUUGGUAAGGACAGUCCUCUGCAUAUCAGACAGAACAGAAGAGAUGCCCUAAAAGAGGCUGAUUUGCUGCUGCUAGCAGGCACAGUGUGUGACUUCAGAUUGAGUUACGGCAGGGUGCUAAACAGACGUAGUAAAAUUAUUGCAGUCAACCGGGACAAGACUCAACUACUGAAAAACUCCGACAUCUUCUGGAAACCCACAGUGGCCAUUCAGGGUGACGUUGGUUCCUUCUUACUCCGUUUGUCAAAGGGCUUGGCAGGACAUAAAUUUCCUGAGGAUUGGCCUCAGAAUCUGAAAGAUGGUGACAGGGUCAAAGAGAAGGCUAACAGAGCUAAGGCAGAAGAAAAGACUGAGAGACACCUGAACCCUUUGAAAGUUCUGCACCAUGUGGAUGAGCUAAUGUCAGAGGACAGCAUCAUUGUUGCGGAUGGAGGAGACUUUGUAGGCAGUGCUGCCUACAUCUUGAAACCACGAGGGCCACUCCGCUGGUUGGACCCAGGGGCUUUUGGAACUCUAGGUGUUGGAGGAGGGUUUGCCCUUGGAGCAAAGCUUUGUCGUCCUGAUUCAGAGGUAUGGAUUGUUUAUGGUGAUGGUUCCUUAGGUUACACCGUGGCAGAAUUUGAUACUUUCACAAGACACAAGACACCUGUAAUUGCACUAGUUGGAAAUGAUGCUUGUUGGAGUCAGAUCUCCAGGGAACAAGUCCCCCUUCUGGGCAGCAAUGUAGCCUGUGAUCUUGCCUUUACAGAUUACCACAUUGUUGCUGAUGGCUAUGGUGGCAAAGGUCACCUCAUUGGGCGUGAGGAUGAGUCGCAAUUUGAAGAAAUUGUAAAACAGGCACAGAGGGAAUGUAGAGAGGGCAAGGCAGUGCUGCUUAAUGUUCUCAUAGGGAAAACCAACUUCAGGGAUGGUUCGAUAUCUGUGUAGAGAGUACAGUGCUCUGCCUAGAAUGCCUAAAGCCUUAAAAUGGUUAAAGGCAUGAAUUGACAGAGGAAAUAGACCACUGAAGUCAUUUUGUAGUCUGCGCCAUGUUCUUAUGCCCAUAUUAGAAACUCCGGGUCUUCAUUUCUCUAUGGCCAGAAUGAAUAGGGUUUACAAAAAAAUCGCCUCUAUCGUUCCCUAUGUUGAAUAAAAAUCUUCAGAACCUGAUACAUUUUAUUCUUGUGAACAUUCUUCUCCAGAAAAUCACUGAAUCCUCUUAAUUACAAAGUCGUUAAAGAGUGGAAAUAUGAAUAUUGCUACAUAUAAGCUAAAGCCACUGUGCACUGAAUUCACGUCAUUUGACUGGCAGCCUCCUUAAGAGGAUUUUGGCAGUGUACAUUUCCAUGUACAGAUUGAGGGGAAAUGAAAAGAAGUCAGAACAACAUCAGGUUUCCCUGCAGUUUUCUGUUCUUCAUCUGAUGCUCACUGAAACAUGAUACAUCUCUCCUUUUAGCUUGAUUUGAAAAGGACUACAAACGUAGCUGCACUCAGGCUAAUCCAUUAUAGACUCGUCUUAAUAAUUCUCACCGCUUAAGGCUACCAGAAUAUCCUAAUUAUUAUUUUAAUGCUGGUAACAUUUUCUCAGGACAUUCGCCAGAUUUUUGUUCGACUUUCCCUGUUCCGCCUUAAAUGGCACAGCAGUCAUUGCUCCAUUUAAGGUGGAACAGGAAAAGUCAAACAAGUAGCCAGAAAAAAGAAGAUGAGUUCAGCUUCAUGGAGAAUUGAAAGUCAUAUGAGGAGGUUUCUCUAUUUCCGCUUAACAGCUGAGUAACUUUAACUUAUUUUUGCUGUUUCACUGAACUAACAGGUCAGUAUUUUGUGUUGUUUGCUAAUGUUUGUUAGAGCUACUCACAGCUGCUGCACCAUUUAAGGUGGAACUGGAAUAUUCAAACAAGAAACUGUGAAAAAAGAAGCUAAAUUCAGCCUCGUAGUUCUAUCACGCGUAUUAUUUUUGAUAAGGAGUUUUAGUCUAUCAAAUUAUCCCACCCAGAAGUUUUAUUUACGGGUAUACCUCAAAUUAUGUGCUAUGGUAGAACAUUCUGAUAAGGCGGCACGGCUCAUCAGAGCACCGCUACAGCCCAACGCUACAGCCCACCUUAGGUUCGUGUAGCUUAGUGACAGCAAAUUGAUGUGCAGUAGCUUUAGUUCGCAUGGAGCAUUAUUGGUAUAGCUCUUUAUGACCUUGUAAUUCCAAGGAUCCAGUGGUAUUCGGGAUAGAAAUGUACAUAGGACCAAAUGUAUCAGGUUCUGAACUUUUUUAUUUAACACAGGGUGCGAUAGAGGCGGUUUUUCGAAAACCCUAUUCAUUUUAGCCAUAGAGAAAUUGGGUUUAGUUCCUUAUAUGGGCAUAACGAGGGCUACAGAAGGACACACAGCUACAGAGGUCUAUAAUGGAGGUUGCAAAGUCUGCUCAGUUCUCAGUGCAAAUCAGAACCAAGGUCCUAAAAAUAAUACUUUUUCUUGCCUUUUUUGUUUGUUUGUUUAUUUGAGGUCAUUUUUUGAAGGAAAAAGUGCUUGAAUGGUUACUUUUUACCUUUAUCUUUAAAUUGCCUGAAAGUGGUAAAAGUUGCCUUUGCUGUUCAUAUUUAAUGAUUACAAGAGUACACCUAUGAGUACCUAAUUGUGAAGAGACCUGUAACAGAUUAUUAAACCAGCAUAAUUGAAAUAUUAAACCUGUAGCUAUGAUUGGUCAUGUUUAAAAAAAAUAUAUAUGUUGACAAGGAGUGGAACUAAAUUCUGUAUCUAAGAUAGUGAGCUUCUAAUUGCUAAAUGAAAAAAACUGUUUACAAAAGAGUACAUUACUAGAGUUUUGUUGCAGUUGGAUAUCUGAAGAUUGCACUACUCACUAAUUAAAUCUUUCCUGUUGCAGUUUA